CGUCCCGCUACGUCCUGCGUCACCACUGCGUGCUCCUGUUGCUGAGCAACCGCAGACUCUACUGAACAGAGGACACAAAGCAGAGUGCCUCUAAGCAAAGAUGCCCCGCUCUGCAGUCAAGUCCCAAGCCGGCAAGAGUAGACGUAUGUCACCUGUCCCAGUGACCCCACUUCCAACGCAGGAGCUGGAAAUUAUUCCUGGUCGCUUAACCCAAUCCCAGUGGAUGAAUAUGCUGAUCCAGGAGGAAGAUGAUGAGAUAGUGGGGGAGAUUAUGGAUGAACUGUUGAGCAAAGUUAUGGAUGGCUGUUUGAAGGUGUACGUUGAAAGACAGCUAGUACCUUUUACCGCAUCUUGGGCCAAGAACUACCUUACACAGAUUUUAGAGCAACAAAUCAUGUGCCCAGAUGAGGGAGAAGGACCAGAGGUAGCAUCUAAAACUGAGGACUCAGAGCCAAUGCCAGCAGUCUGCGAUGCCUGGGCUCAAGGAUGUAUGCCUGUUGUCAUUGCUACUCCUCAAUUAUCUCACCCUACUUCUGCACAACAGGAGGCUGAUGUUGUUCAGGUCCCAGCACAAACAGGGCCAGGAGUUGACCAGCAAUGUGACGUAAUGGCCCAAACAAACAGCUCUCCAAAGCAACCUGACAGGGAAACAAGUCCCAGGAGGCCUGUCAAUAACAAGCAAUGUAAAGUGCUUAUUCCUCUGCCCCCACCAAAAAUUGAUGUUAAGAAAAAGCAGCAGUUAAAUUUUCCUCCUAAACCUGUUCCUAGUAAAUUGCCGCCCAUUCCGUCCUGUUCAGCAGUUAAAAAGGAUGUGGAGAUAGAGGUUAAAAGUGGAGUGUAUUCGAUCUAUAACAAUAUGGUUGGACCAUUUUAUCAGUCUAAGGAAUAUCAAUCCAUACCAAGACUUGAUCCCUCAUCCCUGCCUCGACACUGCAUCAUUCCUCAGUAUGAGAUUCUUGACAAUAACCACACAAGACCCAAUCCCAAGAAACCAAGUAGAUUAUCCAAACUAGAGCCAAAAUACAACAAGCAAAAAACUGAUUGGACAGUAACCAAAUUGACGCCAGUGACCAGCUCCAAUGAUAAGCCAGCAAAGUAUCAGAGGAAAAAUGAGGCAGAUGUCUUUCUGAAGAAAUUGUCUCCUUUCAGACAACGUCAGGAGGGGAUGGAGUUCUCUGAGUCUCUGAAGCUGGAUACAAUGGUUUUGGCUAAGGGUGUAACUCUGAGGGAUCCCAAGAUGGUAGCAAGUAACCCUCUCACGUAGGGCUGUGAUGGUAUCCACAUUACUGCAAUGACUUUUUACUGUUAAUGUUUCUUUUUUCGUAUUCAUAUAAAAAUAUUUAUAUAUGUAUGUAUAUAUAUUUUCAGAUCUGUAGUCCACAUAUAAGUGGCCAUUGGUGGAAAUUGAGCUGUGGAAGAUAGUGGUUGUUUGUUGGUUCAUGUAAUAAAUGAGAAACAACAUUUUACAUAGUAAGAAAAAUGACAAAAUGGAACAGAUUCAGCUUGCUAUUGCUGUUGGCCUUCUGUAUAGAGAGGCAGAAGAGAAGAGCCAGAAUGCAACGGAGGUUGGAGAGGAGGCGUGCCCUAUUAGCAUGUCUCUCUAUCUUUGUAUGUUUCGUAACAGUACACUCUCUUAUCUGUUAAAUCAUUUCUUUGGAUUUUACAGUUUAUUUUCUACACCUACAUAACAAAUAAGUGAAGUUCCAUAUCACAUAUCAUCAAUAUUUGAUGUUUAAGAAGGCAGCAGUGGAGCCUUGCACAGCUCCAAUGCCCCAGGCAGAGCACACAGCUCAGGGUCAAGGACCCAGGGACCAGGGUGCUCCACUAAGUCUGCUUACAGUUCAUUAAGGGUCUUUUGGACCUGGUGUGUGUGAGUGGGGGGUUGUCUGGCUUGUCUGGGUGAACAUGACUACAUCUAGACAGUAAAACUCAGUCAUGUUCAGUAGUCAUGUUCACUAGUAGUUUGAAAAAUGUAAAACAUAUUUUAGUUUGUAUUGUACAUUUGAUAGAUGGAUGUCAUGUGUGUCAAUGGUUGCAAGAAAGAGAAUAUCCUUUGUAUGUUUGAAGGUCUACCGCACUACUUAAGAUGUCAACCUCCAGCUUAUGUUAGCAGAUGUAAGCGACCACCAGCGGAGGUUCGAAACAUAUCUUCAGUUGUGUACCUUAGGAUCAUCAAAUGAUUUGGGCACAGGUCCUUCCAGCUGAUCUCACUUUUCUCUAUACUUUCCCAUCAUCCACUGUCCCUGUAUUGCUUGAGUAAAAUACUGCAAUUUUUAAAAGCACCCCCAUUUUGAUCAUGUUAAACCAAAGUUUGAACGACUUAAGACUUUAACCAAAAAUGAUCCUUGUGGUGCAUCCCAAGGUUACACCAAGCUCUUUAGAAUCCAUAUCAGCUGAUGAGUCAGUCAUCACCAUGGGUCAGGAAAUGAUCAUAGAUGCUAAACACUCAAUACCUCAUCAUCAGUGGCAUCCUAACCUCCACUCAGAGACAUCAUUUGAAAAAAGAAGUUUAAAGAUCAACAAUUUUAUUUUUAUUUUUGUAAAUUGUGUAUACUAUAUUCUCGUGAUACUGGCACAGUGUUGAAGAUAUAAUUAAGAACUAUUUAUCACUUGGUUCUGUUAUUUUAUGCUAUUUUACUUUUGCUUUAAGUUGUUUUGUUUUUACAACUGAAGGUUCUUAUGUCACACGAGCACAAUUAAUGCUUAUGGUUUUAAAGUUAAUGGUGAAGUGGAUCAAUAAUCUGGCUUUAAAGCACUGCCUUAAGUCUGCAUUGCCACUUUCCCGUCUCCAAAAUGUUCGUACGUAAGGGUUGCAUACAACUGUGCACAUUCUCCCAUCAAGUUGGUUUUCAUAAAUGUCAAUGUUUGCGUGAGAAGUGGCAUAUGCACCAAAUGGGGUCUGAAAGAUGCAUACAUAAUGGUUAUAAAUGAGGCCCCUGAGCUUUAGCUUGUCAGGGAGCAUGGACUGGUCGAUGUUCUUAAUGUAUAUUAUGAUUUCGCACUCAACAAAUAAAUUGAAAAAAUGUAAUUGAA